GGGGCUUAUAACUGAAAGAUAAUUGUGCGAGUAAUUUCCACCAUUUGAAUAUAAUUAUACAAGGAAGGGCAUCACCAAGGAUUAAUGGGGGAAGAGUCAAGAUUGUAGUGUCACCUGGAAACUUUGGGUCCCUUGGGAAGUAACCUCUAAUCACUAGAAUCAGUCAGGGGAGGUUAAAAUUUGGGCUUCACAGUUUAAACAUAAUUCUGUGUGCUUAUUUUCUGUAUUAACCCAUAUAGAAUAGGUUUAAUUAUGGAGUAGCCAGAGCUCAUUUCUACAUUACACAUCAUGUGCAAAUUUAAAAACACCUAUUAACAAAUCUCAUAUUUUGACUUCUGAUGCUUCUUCUAUAGCAAGCUAAGGAGCUCCCUGGCCUUCUCAAGCAAGAUUAAUCCCACAUAUCUUAGUCAAAGUAAUCUGUAUAAAUUAGUCUCAAAUCUUCCAAGAGAAGAAGAAACCAGCACCCUAUAUCAAAAUCUUGCAAAUAUGCAGCUAUAAAGGGACCAUAAACAUCUAGUGGGAAAAUAUCUCACCUUAACAUGCCGAUGAGUAGCGACAGAAUCAGCAACUUGCCUGAUUCCAUCCUUCAGUUCAUCAUUUCCUUUCUUCCUCUUAAAUCAGCAAUUAGAACCGGCACUCUAUCAAAGAGAUGGAGACCUCUAUGGAAAUACAAUCUCUCUUCAGCCACUUCUCUAGAAUUCGCUGAAGAACUUUCAAGAACGCAAUCACCAACACAGUUUGUGGCCUCUGUUGAUCGAUACCUACAACUCCAUGAAAGCAAGAAUCUUGACAAGCUCCGGAUUCUCUUCUUCCCGUUUGAUAUUUACUUGCCCAAUUUAGAGGAGUGGCUUGGCUUUGCGGCAGUGAAGGGAGUUCAGCAGCUUCAACUUGACCUGCUUGAAGAAUACAAAGUUAACCGAGAUGGAAAAUUCACUGAUAGAAGAAAACCAAUCAAGCUGCCCACUUCACUAUUUGAUUGUGUUUCAUUGACACAUCUGAGUUUGAGCUGCUGCAAGUUUUGCACCCACUUAGAUUUCAAAAGGUUAUGUAAUCUCCACUCGCUCUCUCUUACAGAUGUUAACAUCGAUGAUAAAACUUUACAAGGCAUUCUAGCUGACUGUCCGCUUCUUGAAAGCCUGAGCCUACGGAACUGUCACCAUCUAGAAUCUGUUAGCAUUUCUGGUCAGGAUCUCAGACUUGAGAGUUUAACAAUAGUGGACUGCUUAGGAAUGUGUUUCCUUGAGAUUUCUGCUCCAAGACUCAGAUCUCUUCGUGAGUAUGGUCGGAUUCAUCAACGUCAUCGCUUCAUAGAUGUCUCUUCCUUGGUUGAUGUCUUCAUCUCUUCAGUUGGCAGAGAAGGAUUUGGCAAUUACACAAAGAGAUUAUCUGAUCUUACCCAUGUACAGAUUCUCACAAUAUGUACAGCGACUCUUCGGCAAGUUGGUGGAGCCGCAGGAUAUAAUCCCCAAGAGUUUGGAUUAAUCCAGCUGCUAAAGCUGCAAGAAUUGCAACUUUUAGUAGAUUUGAUGUCUGAAGAGGAACUGAAGAACAUCUUUACCUUCUUUCAGUUCUGCCCGGCUCCCAAUAUUGAAAAAUUCUUCAUCAGGCUUCCUGUAGACCCUAAUGAUCUCAAUGGGAUAAGCUCCGACUUCAAUGCUUUCAAGAAGCCACAAGAUAUCACCUUUAACCAUCUUAAGGUAGUCAAACUGAACAAUUUUAGAGGGAGCAAUACGGAAAUGAUAUUGGUAAAGUUUCUUCUGCAAAAGGCUGUUAUAUUAGAAUAUUUGGUAAUUGUUGCACCUUCAAUUGAUCUUGAGAAAGGAGCUGAUGCUGAAUCUACCAAUUCAUCUUCGCAAUGCAAGAAUAAUGAAAUAAUGGGUUCGCAAAGUUUACGUGACAAACUAUCAAUGCUACCUAAGGCAUCUCCCAAUGUCAAUAUCAUAUUAUGUGACUUCAUGGAAGAUGAUACUGGCUUCAAUCCAUUGCACACAGAGCUCUAUUGUGAACGUAGUCUCUUCUCUUCUGUGUGUGAGCCCAGUAUUUACAAUUAUGUCAGUGACUAGAUACUGACGCUCAUUUGUAUAUACCUUUCAGCACUGUAUAAAACCAAGUACAAAAUUGUAAUACCAUCCGUGAACAUGGUAAUAUU